UGACAUUGACAUUGACGGUUAGUAGGAGGCAGGAUUGGAUAUAUCUCAAAUAUAUUUAUCAGGAAUAUGAAUUUGUGAACAAAAAUGAGUGAAUUAUUUAAAUCUGCCUUCGAGUAUUUUAGCGGUCCUACGAAUGGGCAGAUUGAAAACAGUUUUGUAGGACAAACUAUAGAAAUUUCUAAUGUUCAACUAAAAAUAAAAAAAGUUAUUGCAGAAGGUGGAUUUGCUGUGGUUUUUGUAGCACAAGAUGUAACAACAGGAAAAGACUAUGCUUUGAAGAGACUGUUAGCAGCUGAUGAAGAAAGCAAAAAUAAUAUUAUAAGAGAAAUAAAUAUAUUAAAGAAGGUAUCUGGUCAUCCAAAUAUAAUUCAGUAUUUAACAGCUUCUUUUAUUGAUAAGUCCCAAACGCAACAUGGCCAAUCAGAAUUUUUAUUGGUGACAGAACUUUGCCCUGGAGGAUCUUUGGUCGAAGUUUUGCAAGCACGUACUUCUGCUUUUGAUGUAGAUCUAAUAACAAGAAUUUUUUACCAGACAUGCAGAGCUGUAGCCCAUAUGCACUCACAAAAUCCUCCCAUUAUUCAUAGAGAUUUGAAAAUUGAAAAUCUUUUAAUUAGUGCAGAAAGUAGUUUAAAAUUAUGUGACUUUGGAUCUGCUACAACUGAAGUGUACAGGCCUGACAUAUCAUGGACUGCCAAUCAACAUGCUGGACUUGAAGAAAAUAUGGCCAAAUUCACAACACCAAUGUAUAGGGCUCCAGAAAUGGUUGAUACUUGGAACAAUUACUUUGUUGGUACUCCUGUUGAUACAUGGGCACUGGGAUGUAUCUUGUAUACCUUAUGUUUUAUGAGACAUCCAUUUGAAGACAGUGCAAAGUUAAGGAUAAUGAAUGCAAAUUACAAUAUUCCCCCAGAUCCUAAGUUCUCUUGCUUUCAUGAAAUUAUUAGAGGAUGUCUGCAAGCCAACCCACAAGAAAGAAUUACAGUAUCAGAUAUUCUUGAAAGACUUGCUGCCAUAGCUGAAUCUAAUGGGUACGACCUUAAGGCACCUCUUAUCUUAUCGACUCCACAGCACAAAAGCUCAGAACCUCAAUCACAGUCAACCUUUUACGAUGGACCUUCUAACAACGCUACGAAGGUGCCACCCUCUAGACCUGCCCCUCCAACUGUUGAUGCCCCAAGACCACCUCCACAACAGGCUCCUCCCAGACCAACUCCACCUCCACAAAGACACUCUCCACCUCAACAACAACAGCAGCAACAACAACAAAGACCCAUGGAAGCUAAGCAAUCCGGAUUGUUCUCGUCUAUUAAAGGAGGGGCUGGAAGCUUUUUGAAAAAUCUCAAAGACACUAGUAGUAAAGUGAUGGCGACAGUGCAACAAAGCAUGGCGCGGACUGACUUGGACAUCCACUACAUAAGUUCUAGAAUAAUAGUGAUGCCCUAUCCAUCGGAAGGAUUCGAAUCUACGUACAAAACCAACCACAUCGAGGACGUUCGACUGUUCUUAGACUCUAGACACCCGAACUUCAAAUAUUCCGUGUAUAAUUUAAGCCGCAAACCUUACCACUCAAAAUUCGGACAAGCCAGAAUCGUAGACUGUUCCUUCGCUUAUCCGGAAACGUUUAGGGCUCCGCUUUUGAAUUCCAUGUAUCAAUUGUGCGAGGAUAUUUAUCAGUACUUGGCGGGAGAUAGUAGAAACGUAGUUGUGAUACACUGUACGGACGGAAAGGCAACUUCAGCGACACUAGUGUGCGCGUUAUUGAUAUACUCAGGAUUGUUUCAAGUGCCAGAAGACGCUCUUCAAAUGUUCGCCGUAAAACGAUGCCCUCCUAACAUGAGACCAUCUGAACUUAGGUAUCUUUAUUACCUGGCUGAUAUUGUGCGAGACCCGCCUCUCUUUCCGCAUUAUAACCCCGUAACUUUAGUUUCGAUACAAAUGCAACCUGUUCCACUUUUUACAAAAAUAAGGGAUGGUUGCAGGCCUUAUGUAGAAGUUUAUAGUGAGAAUAGAUGUAUUUUAUCUACUUUACAAGAUUAUGAAAGAAUGAGGCUUUUUAAUAUAGCAGAAGGAAAGUGUUUCCUUCCCAUUAACGCCACUGUAUGUGGAGAUGUAUCCGUAAUAGUAUACCAUGCAAGAAAUAUACUGGGUGGUGUAAUGACCCAGGGCAAAGCAACUGGUAUCAAAAUCUUUCAAAUUCAACUACAUACUGGUUAUAUACCAGAAGAAGACACCUGUAUAAAAUAUAUGAAAUCGGAUUUAGAUGAUUUAGCGGAGGGCCAGGAUCAUUUCCAGGACAGAUUCACGGUGUCACUUAACGUAUUUGUCACGGAUACGGAACGAAAACCUUCACAACCAGCUCCAUGGCAGACUGAUCAAACCAAACGAAUGGUCGAUACGAUGUUCACUUCGCAAAUCGAAAAAGACGAAACUGUAGAUAAUUUUGUUAGCACACCAGCCCCCGCGAACAAACCGGAAAUGCCACCGAAAAGGCCUCCAGAGAGACCUGUUCGACCACCUCCUCCACCUACCAGUAUUCUCCAAGAUACUGAAGAUUCCUCUUCAGACGUGGAACAAGCUCCUCCUCCACCUCCAAAGCCGAGUCAACCAGAACCAUUAAUAGAAGCCGUCGAUCUACUGAAUCUCAAUUCUUCCUCAAACGCAGAACCUCCAGCAGCUAAACUCUCGCCCUCGCCAAGUUCCAACUUCGACCUAUUGAGCCAGCUGGGCGGUGACUCCGGAAACGAAGAUUUCGCUAGUUUUAAUUCGGCUCCAAUCAAUAAACCCAACACGAACGGCAACGGUAGCAAUAUGUUCGAUCCGUUCGCGUCGCUAGGUGGCGCUGGCGAUGGCAAUAAUCUUUUAGGUGGAUGGAGCAACUUUACAGCUCCGACACCUACUCCAGCUCAAAACGCGACGCCUCAGAAUCACGCCAAGGAACAAAAGUCAACUGAUCCGUUUGCAGAUUUCGGUAAUUUGGGUGGAGGCCUAAACUUCGGAUCCACGAUCCCACCAUCGACAACUCCAACCAGCGGGUCUCAAACCCCUAACAAAGUGCCACCAACGACGCCCCAGCACAUGCCGAGCUCGAAUACGGCCACCCCCAAACACCAGGCUCGGUCACCGUUAGGUGGAGCAGAUUACAACCGUGCACACUUCGACACUUUGAACAAGAACCAACAGCAGCAGCAGCAGCCACAAAACGAGCCUAAAGAAAAGGUGAAAAGCGACGACGUGUUCGGAGAUCUGUUGGGUUCUCAGGGGUACAGUUUUACGGGAAAGAAGGAUAAUGCUCCGAGAACUAUGAAUGCCAUGAUGAAAAAAGAGAUGGCUGCUUAUAUGGAUCCCGAGAAGAUGAAAGUAAUGGAAUGGCAAGAAGGAAAGAAAAAUAAUAUAAGAGCCCUUCUAUGUUCGAUGCACACAAUUCUUUGGGAAGGAGCGAAAUGGAACAAAUGUGAAAUGCAUACACUGGUUUCCCCUGCUGAUGUAAAGAAGGCUUAUAGAAAGGCGUGUUUAGCAGUUCAUCCGGAUAAGCAAACUGGUACAGAUAAUGAAAACCUGGCGAAGCUCAUAUUCAUGGAACUGAACAACGCUUGGAGCGAUUUCGAAAACGACGCUACCCAGCAAAACAUGUUUUCUUAACUAAUAUAAUUCCUAGAUAGCUAUCUAAUAUUUUACUAUUUUAAAACAUUCCAGUAACUUAUAAUUUAUUAUUUAAAGAAGCUAUUUAUUUUAGACCUAGCCGCGUUUCCGUAUCUACUACUCAUAAAUACGUAUUUUUAACCGUAGCUCUAAAGUGAGGACCGUACUCAGUAAUGUUUCGAUGACAAAUGGCAUUUUUAUAAGCAAGUAAUUAAUGUAUAUUCGCACAACAAAUUUUUAACUAUAAAACAGAAACUUGAAAGUCAAAUGAGACAGAUACUGAGGAUCGAGCUAAGAUUUUGUCCCAAACUGGGUGAAUCCUGAGAAAACUAAUAAGUAUUUUUGAAAAAUUUAAACGCAGAAUGAAAGAUUACGUUAUUAGCGAGGGCCGAAAGUCCCUGAAAACUUCUAUAAUGUUUAUUUUAAUAAGUUACAGUAGUCUAGAGAAAUAAGAUUUUUCUCGUGACACAUCCCCCUCCAGGCCGAAACCAAAUUUUUUGAGUCGUAUGGGCAUCUAUAUUAAUAACCUAUAUGUUUCCUGCAGCCGAUUUUAAUUAUAUACAUAGUUAUAAACAAAUGAAGAUCAAAAAACGGUAAAUUUUCGUUUUUUUCGUCUAUAACCAAAAAGUUAAGCAUUUUAAACAAGUUUGAGAGUAAGAAUCUUAUAAAUCGUAUAAAAAAUUUUAAUAUGGCGUUCGCUAAAUAUGUCUAUCCUUAUUGGUUGCUUAGAAAAUUGCAAAAUAAAUCAUAAAUUUUGAGUUUUUAUAAAUAUUCAUAACUUAUGUUAAAAUUAACUUAGAACCUUCUUAUUACACGAAUUGCUGAGACUUCUGGUGCUUAAAUUAUAUUUUAAAUUUCAAAGCAAUUGGUCAAAUAGUUUAAAAGUUAUUUAAUUUGUUUAUCCCAAAUUCAUUUUUUUUGCAACACUAUAGUCAGAAAAUUAUGAGGUUACAGUAAGACUUCUGACAGUUUAUGGAAGAAGAACAUUUAUACUAUUGAGUUAAUUAAAAAAAAAUGACAAAAAGUAAUUUUAAACAGUGUAAAAUUAUUUUGCAAAAACACGUCGAUUUUUUGCUAACUUUUUAACCGUUGCCCGUAGAAAAAUUAUUUUUUCAUAUUUGGAAAGACUGAAUUUUUAUACACAUUCAGAAAGAAAAACAAUUGUCCUAGGACAAUUAGGGACGAAGUUAGCCCCCCUUUUUUUUAAUUCACAUGUUUUUGCAAAAUAAUUUUGCAGUAUUUAGAAUUAUUUUUUGUCAUGUUUUUUAAUUAAGUUAAUAGUAUAAAUCUUCUUCUUUCAUAAACUAUCCAAAGUAUUAGUGUAACUUCAUCAUUUUCUGACUUACAGCCUUGCAAAAAAAAUUAAUUUGGGAUAAACAAAUUAAAUACCUUUUAAACUAUUUGACCAAUUGCUUUGAAAUUUAGGGUAUGAUUUAAGCACCAGAAGUCUCAGCAUUCCGUGUAAUAGGAACGUUCUAAGUUAUUUUUACAUAAGUUAUGAAUAUUCAUAAAAACUCAAAAUUUAUGAUUUAUUUUCCAAUUUUCUAAGCAACCAAUAAGGAUAGACAUAUUCAGCGAACGCCAUAUCGAAGUUUUUUAUAUGAUUUAUGAGUUUAUCACUCUCAAAUUUGUUUAAAAUACUUAACUUUUUGGUUAUAGGCGAAAAAAGCGAAAAUGUACCUUUUUUGACCUUUAUUUGUUUAUAACUAUGUAUAUCAUCAAAAUCGGCUGCAGGAAACAUCUAGGUUAUUAAUAUAGAUGUCAAUACUACUCAAAAAAUUUGGUUUCGGCCUGGAGGGGGUUGUGUCACCAACAAGAUAUUUUUUUUUCUUAUUUCUCUGAACUACAGGGGUGAAAAACUAAGAGAAAAUUUAGUGUGAUUUUUAAUUUCAAAUAUCUCAUUCAAAAUAAACUUUUUAAAUUUUUCAAAAAUAUUUGUUAGUUUUCUCAGGAUUCGAAAAAAAUGAAUACAUUUAAAACACAUCAAAAAUUUUGACAGGCGUCAAAAGUUUGCAUUUUGCUCCUUUCCCCUUAAGAACAUUUAACAAAACCCAAAAAACGGGCAAGAGAGGCCCACAUCCUCGAGCGCCGAGUCACCGAACUGGACGUAGCCCAGAGCGAGGACUCGGCGCCCGAGCAAGCAAUUCAGAUCGAAGAUAAGUCAUUAGAGAUAGCGGGAAUAGAGCGCCUCACGCUGGCCUGCCUUGAUCGAGGUAGGAUUUCAUGUGGGAGUCCGUGUACCCAGGACCCUCACAUGAUAAGCACUUUGCUGAUUGAGAGCCCCUAUAGCGCAUCAGAGUGCUAUCGGGGGGGCAGUGGAUAGUCUGGAGCAUUGGAGCGGGGUGGGUGAUUCCUGCAUACAUGAGUUAAUCCUCCUCGCCCCAAUGAAUUGUAUCACCCGAACGUCAUUCUCUAGGGGUGAGCAAGUCUCCCAGCCUCGGUUAAAUCACUAUUGCUUGCUUGCCUUACAUAAUCCGUUUUAUUCAAAACAACUUAUUUCUUUAAUUUCUAUUUUCGUCAUGUUGGCGUAAAAAGUGCGUUUAACCCCUUCGUGCCGGAUCGUCAUUCGGCAAGUCGGCUCCUAUAUACGGAUUCGAGCGCUUACCGGGCGGCUUCGCGCGGUCGGUUAAAAUACAGUAUCACACUACAACUAAUUAAAGUUAAUGGAAUAAUAACACUAAUUUUAGAAAUAAAACUAUUUUUAUUAAAUUUAUUAUUCUACAUAGUAUGUGAGUUAAAUUAAAUUUUAUCCAUAAAAUGUCAUUUUAAACAAAAAUUAUUAAAAAAGGUAAAUAAGAUAAUUCGGAUGGAAUUCCCCAGAUUAUUUUGUGCUUGAUAUCGCCCCAGUCUCCUAAUCUGGGAAAUUCCAUCCGAAUUAUAUUGCAAGGGAUAGUACGGUAAGUUGUGCAGAUUUCUGGAAGGAGUAGGAGAGGAAGACCAAAGAAGACCUGGGGGGAGGCGAUAAGGCAGGACAUGUUGGUAAAGGGGAUUAACAUUGAUAUGACCCAAGACAGAAUUGUGUGGAGAAAUGCAAUUAGGGAAGCCGACCCCGCAUAGGGAUAAGGCAAAGAGAAUGAUGAUGAGUACGGUAAGUUGUAAACAGCAGCACAGUAACUUCACCUCCCACACAAUCCCAUCAGUCAAACAUCCAAACAACCUUAUCACUUUAUCAUCAAUCAAAUUAACUAAAUCUAGUCUCCUUCUGGACAUCACCCACUUUUGGGCGUGGUUUCCCCACUUUUAUGUAGAUUUGAAUAAGGUAAUUCGGACGGAACAAAAAUAGAUACAUAUAUGAUUCAGAUGGUGGCCCGCCGUAUAUGGCGAACGAAAACUCAUGAUGCACCCGUGUGCAUCACCGUACUGAGCGGACACUCAAGCAUGAUGCACACGGGUGCAUCACCAUACCGAAGGGGUUAAAAGAGGUAGAAAUUCAAAAAAUCAGUUGCUAGAUAUGUAAGGGUGUAAACUAUUCAAUGGUCGCAGAUGUAGAACAUGUGCAAAAUAUGUGAUCUGGGCUUUUUACAUUUUUUACUCUGCUUUAUUCAAAACGCCAUUUGUUACGAAACAAAGAAGAAACCUGUGUUAAGAAGCAAUUUAGUUUUUCUAAAGUUUGAUCGUCUAGUGACAAUGUAUCUUCGCUAAUACUUUAGAGGUUGAACUUGUUAAAAAUAAACAAAAUUUAUGAUAUUAAUUUGCGUUAAAUAUAUCUAGAGACAUUUUAUGUUUACAAUAUAUUCUAUUUUUAUAUUGUGACUGUGUUCAUACGUUUUUUAGGUAAGAAUUUUAAAAUGUUUAUUUUUUGUUGAGAGAAGUUCGGAAGAUUCCAGUUUUACGUGGAUGUUGCAAUAUUCAAAAUAAAAUUGUUUGUCUCGGU